GCCAGAACCUCAUCUGCACCCCACUCUAACUUGACGAUUUCUCGGGACUCACAAUCUUCAACAUUAAACCCGGGGAGGAAGUUGAGUGGGACUGCUCCACAACAGUCGCCAGGAUGCUGCUCUUCUGCCCUGCCUGCAGCAACAUGCUCACAGUGUCCACCAUCACGACCAGCGCGGACACCUCAUCCGACGACCUCGUUGGCACCAACCGCUUCGAAUGCCGCAGCUGCCCCUACCAGCACGUUCUCGACAAACGAUACUUUGAGCGCAAGGCCAUGAAGCGCAAGGACGUGGAGGAUGUCAUCGGCGGCGCGGAUGCGUGGGCAAAUGUGGACAAGACGGAUGUGAUGUGCCCCAGUACCGUGUGCGGAAACGACAAGGCGUACUUCUACCAGCUGCAGAUUCGGAGUGCCGACGAGCCUAUGACGAAUUUCUACAAGUGCACCAAAUGUGCUAGGUCAUGGCAAGAGUAGUGGUUUUCAUCUUUGCAUUGGGCGGUUCUACGGCGUUCCAGCAGCCUCUGGAGGUUGUUCAUUGACAUACGAAGAUACCCCCACCAUCAGCAAAACUCCAGAUGCAAACGUCAGCCGGCGGCACCGAUUCAUCGCCAAAAGCGUUGCCAAGACGAAUCCCAGAG